GAGAGAGAGGGAGUGAGUGAGUCUGCUGUGGUGGUGUUAGAAAUAGGACGACAUGAGCUCUACAUGAAGCGCGUAAAAAUGCUUUAAGGACGCGUUGUCUUUCAUCCGUCUCAACCGAGGACGAGCCUGAAGCGGAGCUGCAUCCUUCACGACCAGGUGUAACACUGUCUUAAGCCUGAGGGGGGCAGAAUGCCGGAGCAGAGCAACGACUAUCGUGUGGUGGUGUUUGGGGCGGGUGGAGUAGGGAAGAGCUCCCUGGUCCUGCGCUUCGUGAAGGGCACCUUCAGGGACACCUACAUCCCCACGGUGGAGGACACCUACCGCCAGGUGAUCAGCUGCGACAAGAGCGUGUGCACGCUCCAGAUCACCGACACCACGGGGAGCCACCAGUUCCCCGCCAUGCAGCGUCUGUCCAUCUCCAAAGGCCACGCCUUCAUCCUGGUCUACUCCAUCACAAGCAAACAGUCCCUGGAGGAGCUCAAACCCAUUUACCAACAGGUCCUGGCCAUAAAGGGCAACGUGGAGGCCAUUCCCAUCAUGCUCGUGGGCAACAAGAGCGACGAGACCCUGCGAGAGGUGGAGACCAAGGAUGGCGAGGCCCAGGCCAACCAGUGGAAGUGCGCCUUCAUGGAGACAUCGGCCAAGACCAACCACAACGUCACCGAGCUCUUCCAAGAGCUGCUCAACCUGGACAAGAAGAGGAACAUGAGCCUCAACAUCGACGGCAAGCGCUCGGGGAAGCAGUCCCGCGCCGAGAGACUGAAGGGCAAAUGCAGCGUAAUGUAAAAACCAGGAGGGGAGGAAAAGGGGGAGGUGGAGGCAGGAGAGAGGGGAGGAAAUAAGGAAAAGGGAGGGAGAGGAAAGAAAAGGAAAUGGAGACGAGAGAAAACACAGACUCAUUAAAUGUUAUCACUCGGAGCUAAAUGUCUGGAAGGCCACCGGGGAAUCUCAUCAACCACAUCCUCCUCCAUGCGACUGGUGCGUUCACAAACACAAAAGUUCCAUGCCGGGAAAAGCAUAGCGGAUUUCAGACAUCCACAUGCAUUCUGAAUAUCGCAAAUCAAAAGUAAGAAUCGUGUGUCGCAGAAGGAAACCUGAGGUGGUCAUGGAGACCUCGGCCUGCGGAGAAGAACCCAGACGACAGCAUCCCCUCCCGAAACUGAAAGUUCCCUUCGGAUAUACACACAAAUUUGACUUUCCUCUUUCACUUCUACACCCCUUAGUCCUCCGUCCAUCCCGGUCCCGCUCACACUCUAACAUCCCAGCUUCCCCAUCCUUCAAUCCCCCCCCCCCAAACUAAAUGUGUAUGUAACAGAGUCGACGAAGUUAGUUCAGACCCUAUUUUAAGAUAAACGCAAAAUGCACGACUCUGAUAAACGUGGGAUCUGUCAGUGAUUCCACUAGUCUCCACGUGCCAUCCCCCCCCUCCCCUCCCCCCACUGCCUCAGCUAUUGUGUCAGUCACAGAAGGUCAGAGCUUUUUGGCGACAGGACAAAUUCACCCAUUUGAAGAUGAAAAGAAAAAAAGACUCCUCGUUACAUUUGUCAAACUGUCAUCACAUCAACAAACUCAUGUGCAACCCUCUCCUCAUCCGGAGUGGAGAAGCAGCCGGGCACGCGACACCACCUCCACCACCUCCACCACCUCCACCAAGACACUGCGAUGUUUCUGAGACUUCAUCCAGUAUCGAGUAAUAACCGUGGAGGGAAGGGAAGCUGGACUCUCAUCACAACAUGAAACGAAAAAACAUAAACAUCUGCCUUGAGGAAGAUACACUUGGAUAUUCGUUGCCGAGCUGAUAAGACGAAAGCGAACCGGGAUGAUUUUUUU